AAGGCUCCGGCAACCGCAGCCGUCGGGUCGCGGAGGCUUUCGCUUUGCCGCCGCGUUUGGGCGGCGGGAGGAGCGGACUGGGCGGCCGGCUCUUAGGACUUCAGGAUCUGGCGGCGCCGAGGGGGCGCUUUUAGUGUAGCCCUCCCGGUUUAAGGCUCUUUUGCCGAGGCGCCCGUGCUCCCGGGCUCCUCGCCUCGGCUCCCCGCGGCCCCGAUGCCGAGGCAUGGAUAGAGCGGCGUUGCGCGCGGCGGCGAUGGGUGAGAAGAAGGAGGGCGGUGGCGGGGGCGCCGCGGCGGCCGCGGACGGGGGCGCAGGGGCCGCGGCCAGCCGGGCGCUGCAGCAGUGCGGUCAGCUGCAGAAGCUCAUCGAUAUCUCCAUCGGCAGUCUGCGCGGGCUGCGCACCAAGUGCUCUGUGUCCAACGACCUCACGCAGCAGGAGAUCCGGACCCUGGAGGCAAAGCUGGUGCGAUACAUCUGCAAACAGCGGCAGUGUAAGCUGAGUGUGGCCCCCAGUGACCGGACUGCCGAGCUCAACAGCUACCCUCGCUUCAGCGACUGGCUGUAUAUCUUCAACGUGAGGCCCGAAGUGGUGCAGGAGAUUCCCCAGGAGCUAACACUGGAUGCCUUGCUGGAGAUGGAUGAGUCCAAGGCCAAGGAGAUGCUGCGGCGCUGGGGGGCCAGCGCUGAGGAGUGCAGCCGGCUUCAGCAAGCGCUCACCUGCCUUCGGAAGGUGACCGGCCUGGGAGGGGAGCACAAAGAGGACUCUGGUUGGAGUUCGGCAGAGGCGCAGCGGGAAAGCAGCUCGGGGCCUUCAGUGGACAUGCUCUCCCCGCUGGGCAGAGCGGGUGCCGGCACUCAGGGUCCUCGCUCCGUCUCCGUGUCAGCCCUGCCUGCCUCGGACUCUCCAGGCCCUGGCCUCAGUGAGGGCCUCUCGGACACCUGUAUUCCCUUGCACGCCAGUGGCCGGCUGACCCCCCGGGCCCUGCACAGCUUCAUCACACCCCCUACCACACCCCAGCUACGACGGCACGCCAAGCUGAAGCCGCCAAGGACACCCCCACCGCCAAGCCGCAAGGUCUUUCAGCUGCUGCCCAACUUCCCCACACUCACACGCAGCAAGUCCCACGAGUCCCAGCUGGGAAACCGAAUCGAUGAAGUCUCCCCAAUGAGGUUUGACCUCCCUCAUGGAUCCCCACAGCUGGUACGAAGGGAUAUCGGGCUCUCAGUGACACACAGGUUCUCCACAAAGUCAUGGCUGUCACAGGUCUGCAACGUGUGCCAGAAGAGCAUGAUGUUCGGGGUGAAAUGCAAACACUGCAGGUUGAAAUGUCACAACAAGUGCACAAAGGAAGCCCCCGCCUGCAGAAUAUCCUUCCUCCCACUAGCCAGGCUUCGAAGGACAGAGUCUGUCCCCUCAGACAUCAACAACCCGGUGGACAGAGCAUCAGAGCCCCAUUUUGGAACCCUUCCCAAGGCCCUGACGAAGAAGGAGCACCCUCCAGCCAUGAACCUGGACUCCAGCAGCAACCCGUCCUCCACCACGUCCUCCACACCGUCGUCACCAGCGCCCUUCCUGACCUCAUCCAACCCCUCCAGUGCCACCACGCCCCCCAACCCCUCGCCUGGCCAGCGGGACAGCAGAUUCAGCUUCCCAGCUGCCCACUUCAUUCAUCAUAGACAGCAGUUUAUCUUUCCAGACAUUUCUGCCUGUCCUCAGGCAGCCCCGCUCUCCAGCACGGCCGACAGCACACGGCCCGAGGACCAGCCCAAAGCAGACGUGCUGGGUGUUCAAGAAGCAGAGGCUGAGGAGCCUGAGGCGGGCAAGUCCGAGGCAGAAGACGAUGAGGAUGAGGUGGACGACCUCCCCAGCUCCCGCCGGCCUUGGCGGGGCCCCAUCUCUCGAAAAGCCAGCCAGACUAGCGUGUACCUACAGGAGUGGGACAUCCCCUUUGAACAGGUGGAACUAGGCGAGCCCAUUGGGCAGGGCCGCUGGGGCCGGGUGCAUCGAGGCCGAUGGCAUGGCGAAGUGGCCAUUCGGCUGCUGGAGAUGGACGGCCACAAUCAGGACCACCUGAAGCUGUUCAAGAAGGAGGUGAUGAACUACAGGCAGACCAGGCACGAGAACGUGGUGCUCUUCAUGGGGGCCUGCAUGAACCCACCCCACCUGGCCAUUAUCACCAGUUUCUGCAAGGGGCGGACAUUGCACUCAUUCGUGAGGGACCCCAAGACGUCUCUGGACAUCAACAAGACGAGGCAGAUCGCCCAGGAGAUCAUCAAGGGGAUGGGCUAUCUUCAUGCCAAGGGCAUUGUGCACAAAGACCUCAAGUCCAAGAAUGUCUUUUAUGACAAUGGCAAAGUGGUCAUCACAGACUUCGGGCUGUUCGGGAUCUCGGGCGUGGUCCGGGAGGAACGGCGUGAGAACCAACUGAAGCUGUCCCAUGACUGGCUGUGCUAUCUGGCCCCCGAGAUUGUUCGAGAAAUGACACCCGGGAGGGAUGAGGACCAGCUGCCCUUCUCCAAAGCUGCUGACGUCUAUGCGUUCGGGACUGUGUGGUAUGAGCUGCAGGCAAGAGACUGGCCCUUUAAACACCAGCCUGCAGAGGCCUUGAUCUGGCAGAUCGGAAGCGGGGAAGGAGUGAGGCGUGUCCUGGCGUCCGUCAGCCUGGGGAAGGAAGUCGGCGAGAUACUGUCUGCCUGCUGGGCUUUCGACCUGCAGGAGAGACCCAGCUUCAGCCUGUUGAUGGAGAUGCUGGAGAAGCUGCCCAAGCUGAACCGGCGGCUCUCCCAUCCCGGGCACUUUUGGAAGUCGGCUGAGUUGUAGGCCUGGCUGCCUUGCAUGCCUCAGGGCUUCCUUCUUCCUAAUCGCCAGCUCAGCUCCGUGACUUCUGCUAAGACUCAAAAUGCCAGCGGGCACUAACCCAGGGGAUGCCGUCUCUGCUGCUCCGGUCUCCCCCUCCAGACUCCUUCCUGUGCUCUGUUUUUAACAACGGCCCCUCCCCUGCACAUGGCCUGCGGGCACCUGACUUGAGUCACUGCCAGGGGAGGAUGGCACUAACGGGGUGACCCCUCAAGGCGGAAGAACAGCUCUCAGCUGCCUUCGUGGAUGAGACGGUCUUUUCUCUCUUGUUCUCCCAAGAGUGGCUCUUGCUUGUGUUCCUCUGGUCCCUAGUCCCUACUAACACCUUCAUGAGCUCCUGCUGAGCAUGCUCAGAGGAUGGGGAGGGACUUGGCAACCCUGGAACGUUGUCCUGCAAGGGAUGUAGUGGUUCAGAGCUGCCCAGACCUAGCCCUGAGGUCAUGGGCCCUGUCUAGAGUCUUGUGUCUGUCUUGUGAAGACAAAGGACAGUAGGCAUGCAAACACACACACUCACACACACAAAUCGUAUUGCCAUAUGGGGAAGACAUCAGUUCAGAAGGGCUGGGUCCUUAGGAGUCCCACUCAGAAAUGUUGUUCUAAGCGAAGUGAUACCUGUCACUCAGUAAUGGAGACAGAGCUGUUCUCACAUCGGCUAGGGGUUCCAUGGCCCUGACCAGAUUUCUGCAGUUGGGCUCAGGAUUCUGCUCCAUAGUGGCUCCAGUGGACCCCACGUGAGCACCAUUUCUCAGAGGAGUGUGUGCCAUCAGCCCUGAUACAGAUCCUCUGGUCUCUCACUAGUACCACAUCCACACAGAGCAGCCCCAGGACUUAGGGUGGCCAGGAGCAGCUCGGCCAAGAAGUUAUCCUUACUCCGAUCCUCUGCUAAGCAUAACCAGUGACACCUUAACUCUGGUCCAAACCAGCAGAGCCAUAAUCCAUGUCUCUGCUCCUCUCCGCAGCAUUAACAGCAGCAAAAUCAUGCCCCGCUUUGAAAGGUUUGGCCUGGGGGCCCUGGAGUCCAGUAAUCCAAAGAUGUAGCCGGCCAUGCACAUUCGUGCAGAGGGUGUCUCCCUUUCUGAAACCUGGUUAUGAAACACGCAAACCACCGCCACGAGGAACGAGAGAGGCGUUGCAUGCCAAGCUACAGACCAGGAGUAUGACUCCUCCGUGAGGAAUGUGAUGGCAGCGGUGUGGGGGGCUCAGGAUCGGAGCCGUACGUGCCACUCCAGAUGACACCACUAAGCCAGUGUUUACACAGAGGUUUCCGCCCCGCAAGCUUGGUGUUUUAUGGUAGUUAAUAAUAGUUCCACAGAAGGGGGCUGGCACUUCGGAGCAACAGAAAUGCCCCCCCUCUCGCUGCCCCCUUCUCCAAGGUCCUGCAGCAGUGAGGGGCCCAGGGUUGAGCAAGAAGGAAGAAAAGCAGCAUGAAUGUAGCUGUUCUGGGGAAAGAGGACAUGGCGGGAGGUUUGCCCUGGCCUAUGCUUUGGCCCUGACCCCCACUGGCCCCUCUCUUUGUCCAUAAGGAACACCAACCCUUCCUUAGCUAGUGGGAGAAAGCCUGGCUAGGAACCCUUCUGGAUUAUGGGGUCAGGAGUUCCUCAAGAGUUUGGAUUUAGUUUCUGCUCUGAUCCCGGCUUGGUGUGCUAAAAAGUACAGACAGAAUCCUAGUGGCUUCUAGAUGGAUCUGAUGGAUCUUAGCCCGGCUUCUACCACAGGGGAAGGAAAUAGUCACACAUCUGGGGAGACAUCUGCUGCUUCUCCGAGGCCUCCAGGCAGACAUGAAGCCUGUGGAACUCAGCCUGUAUCAUCACCCCCCACCCCCAAUGCCUCACAUUUACCCCCGGAGCCGUGAGCUCGCCCGUCAGCUGUGUGUACAGUGUGUUCUUGAUUGAUGAGAAUAGAGAAGAGGUGAAUACGGCCCUUGGUGACCCUAGCACUUUAAAACUCACCUCUGUCGUGCCAGAAGUUUCCAGACCUCUCACCACUUCCACUUCCCCUGUCUCAUCAACGCCUUUUAGCCCAUUCUGACUCCUGUGUGUGCCCUGAGCUCAGACGGGGGCAUGAGGCUGUCCAGACACUUCAUUCAGUAAGACGUACCUAGUAAGUCCCUAUCUGUGGGCCUCCGACGUCUGUGUUCACUCCAGCGAGCAGGAGGGCUGGGUCGGGGUAAGUCAGAUGGGCUCUGCAGAAACUGUCACCUACAGACCCCACGACCAGAGUGCGGAAGAAAUGGGAGUGGAGAGGUGGUUAGGUCCAGGCCCCUAGGCUCACGGUCCCGCUGUGGCAUGGCCGGGUGGCUCCCUCUUCGUUAAACACCAAACACAUCCUCAGUUUUCAGAACCUGCCCUAGCGUCAGAGCCUGGUCCAGGUGUCUGAUAAAACAGGCCAUUCUCUGAGAAGUUGUGGGACUCUGCCUGCAUCCCCCCACCCCACCACCCCACCCCAUCCCCCACCCCCGCAGCACAGUUGUUCAUGCUACAGGAGAGCUGGGACAGGAGCAUCGUGACCCUGCCCCAGUGUGGGGAGGAAGAGCUGUGAGCCUGUGUUCAGCUCUGCGUGGGUCAUCUGUCCUCUGAAAUGGAACUGUCCUAUCACUUCCUCAUCCCUGUGACUUCCCACCCUAGCCCUUGGUGUGACCUCCUGACUCCCAAACCUCGUGGUGUAUGACUACAGCCUCUGGCUGUCUCAUGGCCGUACCUCCCCGGAGGCCACAGUGUCUGGGCCUCUGGCCGUUCCUUCCCUUGGCAAAUGUCAUGACAUUGACCUCCCCUCACAGGUAGAACAUGAGCCAUCAGGCUGGCAGCCGGGUUAACGCUUCCAGUCAUCCCGCGGCACCAAACCACACGGGGCAUCACACACAGCCCCCUGACGGCGAGCCUGGGUCUCGCUCUCUACUGUGAACAUCUCUGUUCAGAAAGCUUUGAGCCCUGCAGUGAAUGUGGCCUUGUGCUGGGGACCAGAUAGGAGUAGUCAUGGUCCCUGCCUUAAGAGCUGUCUAUCUGCCGGGGGCCAUUAUGCAGGGGACCCAACAUCUGCCUGGGACCCUGGGGCCACUUGGCCCCGAGGGUGCUGGAACCUUCCCCACUUCCUCUCUGAGGCCUCCUCCGUACUGCCCUUCCUUUAAGGGAGUCCCCCAUCAUGGUCCCCGUUUCCUUUUCUACUUUAAGUGACUGUGAAUUGAGGUUAGGAAAGUCGGCCUCCUCUGUGCUCUCCUUGUCUCCCGGGAAACACAUGAAGAAUGACAGAUACUGUGAAUUCAGCCCCUGUAGCCACUGUGAAGGCAAUGAAAAGAGGCUUGAGCUGUAGGGGGUCUGCCCACCUAAAAAGUCUGAGUCCAGCAGAAACUUUGUCCUUUUCCAGGCACUCUGAGUUCCCAGUCUCGCCUCCAGGGAGGCCUUGACCCAUCAGAGUGGCGGCGAAGUCAUGAAUCCUAGCUAGUGCUGGUCUGUCUGGCCGCUCCUAUGCACCAAACUGAAGCCCUUGGCCAUUGUCUUCUUGUGGUCCAGGCCGGGAGUGGCAAGCGUGUGUUGCUCUGUAGUGACAGAGCAGGGUGGAAUAGCCAUGCUGUGCUGCGGCACUAGCCAGGACAUCAUCGGUGUGUGCUCCCGGUGUCUCUGUGGCCACAAGGCACACGUUUAUUUGCUCAUUUUGAAUGUGAUGUAAAAUUUGUACAGUAAAAGUUUUUAUAUUUUCUAUCAAUUGCAUUUGUCUUCCAGAAAUGCUUUAAUUUAAAUUAAAAUGGUUAGUCUGGAUGAACGUGUUAUAUUGGGGUUUUUGCCACUGCUAAGAAUGUACCCUCUGGCUGAGCCAGGCCUAGGGGUCUGGAGUUUGUGAAUAAAGUUUUACCAAGGUC